GAUUCCAAUUUUUUUCCCUAAAUUAUUUCAAAACGUCAUAUUUUGAUGAGAGACAUGCAGAAAAGAUAACAUUUUAACACUUAUUGACAAAAAAGUUUCAUCAAAAUCUUUCAACAGAACUUCUUUCUUUCUUUGUCUUUUUCUCUUUUGCUGAAUGGAAGUAAAUGCGUCAAACUGUUUGUUAAACAGUGAACAUCAGACACACUUGGAUCAGUCACUCCACCCAGUCCAGCUGAGCCAGGACAACCGGUCGGUUUGCAUUGAUACACUUAAACCAGAAAUGACGUAGAGGUGUACAUUUUUCAAAAUAACUGCCAAAAGAGGCAAGAUUUAAGUUUUAAGGCGUUGUUCAAAAUACGUUUAUUUUCAAUUGUUUAAAAGUUGCAGUGCUCCAAAUAUGGACAUGCAAUUGCAAGAUUUUAGCCUUGUAUUAAAUGAAUGAAUAAACUAUUACGAAUGAAAAGUCAACUUUUUGGGUAAACUUUAUUUUUCACUGCGCUUUUGUUAUUAGUUUCCAAUUUUUUUAACGCAUGUCCUUACUUUAAAACAUGAAAUCUAAAGUAUAAAGUCAAAAUGUAUGACACUAAUGACGUUAACAAACAAGGACUUUUAUUUUCGAAGGGCUAUGUGUCUGAGCUGGGCUGCAAUAGCAGGUGCGUCAGAUCAACAGUUAAUUUACCUUUAGAAGCGUAGGACGCAUUAAGCUAUUGCGUUUUAUGGAUAAAAAAUAAACAACUAUUACCCUAAAUAUCUACGAAAAGGAGACGUCAUCAAGCAUGAGGUGUGACGAAGCUGCGGAAAACCAAGGUUGUGGGGAAUCAUUAUCUGUAACAGGGGAAAGACGUCCCAGUGUUGCAGCACUACAAAACAUGCUGAAAAAAGUUUCUCAAAGCCCUUUUCACAACCAGUACAAGGCUCUGGUCUCAUCAACUUCUGAUUGCAGUAGCUCAUCUGUAAAUGAGUCUAAAAAUACACAGGAAGAUGAAUCAUUUCUUAAUGUAUCAGCAGCAUCAGAAAACCACCAGAUGCACGUUGGACAGAAUCUUUUGAAAAUGGACAAUAAUCAUGAGCUGUCUUCUCCAGCACAGAAUGGAGUCAAUGUGGAUUUGGUCAAAACAAAUCCAUUUUAUGCAUACUAUUUGGAAUCAGGCAGCAAAGGCCAUUUGAUGGAGGAUGAAGGAAUGACAACUGGACAGAAAGAAAAAAUCGGCACUUCCACCCCUUCACCUCAAUUCCAACGCUCACAUUUGGACUACCCAUCUGAGCUGAAGAAGAUUGGACCUGUCAACAAUUGUUCUGAACCACAGAAAGAAAUGACAAGCAAACUCAUGCAAGAACUCUACCGUUCAUCAACAUUUGCCCAAAAAAAGGCUGCAAAUGGCCAUUUUCAUGAUGAAACUCAAUCAGGCUUAUUCCCAGCAGGGCUUCAUAAACCACAAGAUGUCUCUGAAUCAUGGAAAUCCACAAAUUCUGAACACCUUAACAUUGAUGGUGUUCUCCAGGUUACUAAAGCAGUAGAAUUCCAACCUACAGCACGAGCUAAGGAGGUGGACCUCUUAAAUAGGUCUUCUGUGAUUUUACCAAACACUUUGAACCCUUCAACCAAGGAGGUUGAUCUGUUCCAGACAUUGGAGCCUACACCUGGAAACAGGAUUUACACUUCAUCCACUAAUGAAACAGAUUUGUUUCAAACAAUGAUGAGUAAAGGACCCUUCUAUGACAAUGAAAACAAGCAGAAUCUCUCUAGUGGCAUGUCAUUUAAGGAAAGUCGGGAUAUAUUUUCAUCAUCUUCCACAAAUUCAUAUGAUCCCUUCCCAAGCCCCAUUGUAAAGAAUCUUUUCCAUGACCCCUCCACUGUAGAAGAUCCUUUUGGUACCACUCCAUCAAAACAGUUUGAUCCUUUUCAAGAUGUUUCAAACAGGACUCAUGAUAUCUUCCAACCUGUGGCCCGAACGAAGAACAACAGCCCUUUAUUUGGUGCAACCCAAAGUAAUUCUCCUUUGGAGAAUCCAUUUGGUUCCACUAUUUUGAAAGGAAACAAUGCCUCCAGAAAGACAUCAGAUGAGACCCCGGAUAUAUUCCAACCUCUUCCCUCAACGACACAUGGCAUGGAUUUAUUUCAAAUGCCAAGCAGUGAUGCCUCAUUUAAGACUCAGAGCUGGGAAAAUCCACUUGGUGCCACAACUUCAAAACAGUUUGAACCUUUCAAAGAUGAUUCAAGUGAGACUGCAGACAUCUUCAAACCAGUCCAAACUGCCCUUAAGCCUUUAAGACCAAGUGUGCUGCUUGAGAGACCAACUGAUAAGAUGUCUGACAAAUUCCCAUCACCAGAUCUCAGAGCAGUGUCUUUAGCAUGUCCUCCAGCUGUCCAACCGGGGUCCUUCAACAUCUAUGAUAAUGUUGUCAUGACGUUUCCUCAGGAAACUAAACACACGAUUCUUCAACCUACUCCUUUCAGUCAGGCCCUUAAUGUGCCUUCAUCACCUGAUCAUUCUCCAGAGUUGAACCAUGCACACACCUUUAGACGUCCACCAAAGCCACUCCCUCGAACUAGACCUCCAAGGGCAGAUAAGCCACCCAGGCCAGAUAGACCGCAACCAGAGAGACCACCAAAACCAGAAACAACACCAAUGGCUGUCAAACCUGAAGCAGUUGCACCCAAAAGAUCCCCUAAACCAGCUUUCAAGCCCCUCCCAAAGCCAGUCAUUCCUCGUAAACCCAAAACAACAGACUUAGACCCUCACAACUAUGUCAUGUUUGAGGACAUCCUGCUUAUUGGACAGGAAAAGUGUGUAGAAGACUGGCCUGAAGACAGUCCUGAGCUCAGCGUUGACUAUAAACCAUCUGGAAAGUUACGGUUGCGGCGAGAGUCGGUAAAGAAUAAAGUAGAUUCUGAUGGAGGGAGUGGCGAUGACCCAGAUGUCUAUGGAACCAGGAAAAAAGAAAAGAAAUUCAGAAUGUCCAUGCUCUCCAUAAGGAGUUCCAGGGAAAACGUCCCUGAUGAUAUGAGAGAAAGGAAGACAAUGACACUUCCUUCAUCCCAUAAAUCUCCAAAGGAGUAUUUCUCAGAAGGACAAAUGGCUCACGCAGACAAUGAAGAAGGACUGGAAUACAGAAAGAAACCUUUGAAGCUCAGAGUGAACCAGCUGCUCAGGAGGUCAUCCACAGCCAUGUCUGUGUCACACGGUAAAACCACGAGUGACCAUCUGCCCCGGGCAUCAAAGGGUAAUGAUGAACUGAAAGGGGCGCAUGGAUAUUCACCAAAGAAAGCCUCAAAACAAAAAACCCUGGAUGAAAAUUUCGUUUCGUAUGACCACUACGUGCCAGGUGAAAAGUUAAAGGAGUACACGUUAGACAACAGUCACACAAAAACAAGGAGCAGCUGCUCAGCAGAGGCGUUGGACAACAAUGGACGAAGUACACAGGAGAAUGAAUUCAAACCCAGGACUCCAACUCUGUCUUGUACCCCACCUGGACCACAGGAGGUGGUCUCCAGGAGUCACUUCACUCCUCAGCAGACAACUGAAGCUUCUUUUGUGGAGGAGGAUCUGACAGGAAAUGAUGUCACGAGCCCAGCAGAUUUGUAUGGGACUGAACAAUACGACGACGAAAUCCGCAAACCGAAAAGGUCAUCAAAACUCAAACGUUUGUUUAAGCCUAAGAACAAUCUGAAUCCACCAGAGGCAGCAUCGAGUGAUUUUAUGUCUGAAGCUGCUCAGGCUGAGUGGCUGGCAGCUCAGAAGGAUGGCACAGCUAUGGUGGAACUGGAAGAUGACAAAGAGGAUGAUGGAGACACUGACAGUCUGAUGGCCUGGUGGGACACUGUGGAGAAGUGGGAUGAGGUGCCGUCAGAUGAAGAGGACAACAAAGACGAGGACGAGUACAAGUCUUUUAGCAUCUUGUCGGACAAAGUAGAACGCGGCCUGCGUCUCUUCAACCAGGUCUUCACAGAGCGAGCUGAGUUCCUGUGGUUGGCCAUCAUCAGACUGCACGCCAUCGCCGAUGACAUCAGUGAGUACCAUGAGAAGGCCAAGAAGGUGGUGAUCUCUGGAGGCAGCACCAGCGCCGUAGGCGGAGCGGCGGCCAUCGUGGGCCUAGCUCUGGCCCCCAUUACCUUUGGCACCUCUCUGCUGAUCACUGCUGUGGGUGUGGGCGUGGCCACGGCCGGGGGGAUUACGUCAGCCUCUGCAGCCAUCUCUGAUAAUCGUCACAGCCUGCACGACAGGAAGAAGAUCGAGGCAGUUUUACUGGAAUAUGAAGGCCACCUGCUGGACAUCGGGAAGAUCCUCCACUUUAUUGAUAAGGGCUUGUACAAACUCCGUGGUCAUCCCUAUCUCAGAUGUGGCACACAGCACUACUCAUCGGACUGGGAGACCCGGAGAACGGUCCAGAUCAUCGGCCAGGUGGACAAACCUGUGAUGCAGGCAGUGGAGGUGGCGGACGACGCCGUCACUUUAGUCCAGGGACUCUUCAACGGGAUGGACAACUACUUCCUCAAAGAGUCCAGGGAGCUGAAGAAGAGCUGCAAGAAGGAGAUCGUGGGGGAGAUAAAGACGGCGGCCAAUAAACUGAACGACUCCUUGGUGGAGCUGAACGCCAUCAGGGAGCAGCUGCAGGAGGCCACGGGACAUGUCUGAUUGAAGCGUCCAGUGAGCAACACCA